AUGCCCAUCCGGAAAUCCACUUUCUUCCUCCUCUCCCUCCUCUCCCUUUCACCAACCAUCCACGCCCAAUACGGAUACGGAGAUAGUGGUAGUUCCUCAACCACCACCACCACCACCACCAGCACAACUUCUUCUCCCGCAUCUUCUCCAAAUACUAAAGCGAAUACGACCGUCCACGACGUCGCCGUCGGGCAAAACGGCCUCACCUUCACGCCCGACACUCUGACGGCCGCCGUCGGCGACAAAGUCAACUUCCACUUUUAUCCGCUCAACCACUCGGUUGUGCAGUCGAGUUUUGAUAAGCCUUGUACGCCGAUUAAUGGUGGGGAAGGAGGCAUAUUCAGUGGGUUUGUGCCGAGUAGGGAUGGUGUUGCUAGCACAAUGUUCACAAUAACCAUCAACGACACAACCCCCAUCUGGCUAUACUGUUCGCAGACGGAGCUCUCGCACUGCCAGGCUGGUAUGGCGAUGGUGAUUAAUCCGCCGUCCUCCGGUAACACCCUCAGCGCAUACAAAGCUGCUGCCACGAAUACGGGUACCAGUGUGUCGCCGCCGACGGUCCAGGGAGGGGUUCUUAGCCAGAGUGCGAAUCCGGGAUCGUCGUCGUCGUCGUCAUCGGCGGCGCCGGCGGCGAGUCCAUCAGUGAAUGCUGCUUCGGAUGGGUUGAAUGGUGAUAGGAACUGGCUGGCUGUGAUUGUUAGUGUGUUGGCGGCGGUGACGGUGUAG